AUUCACCAUUGCUCAGGUUUGAACACGAAUUUUGUGCAUAAUCAUGUGAAGAGUUCGAGCAUUUUGGUCACUGAGGCGACCCUGAAUGCGAGAAUCUGUCAUUUUGGGACCGCGGAGUUGUGCGGGGAAAUGGAUCAUUCUGAACGCGAGCUCAAGAAGAAAUCAAGUAGCAGGAUGUCAGGAAUUAAGAGGUCGAAAAUAGAAGGAACCAGGGGAUACAUGGCGCCUGAGUUUCAAUCCAAGGGAGCCUUGACACAGAAAUGUGAUGUUUAUGCCUUUGGAGUUGUGAUCCUGGAGCUGCUGUCUGGUUUGGAGGCGUUGAGGUAUGAGUUUGAUGAAGGAGGUGAAGGGGUUAGGAGAAUCAGUGUCAUUGAGAUGGCUAGACAGGCGGUUGCAGGUGGUGGUGCUGGGGUGAGGAAAUGGGUUGAUAGGAGGUUGAAGGAUUCAUAUCCGGUGGAUGUGGCGGAGAAGAUGGUGUCGAUGGCGUUGGAAUGCGUGGAGGAGGAUCCCGAGAAGCGGCCGGAUAUGGAGAAGGUUGCUGUCAAGGUGUCUAAGUUGUACCUGGAAUCAAAGAAUUGGGCUGAGAGGAUCUGCUUGGCAGUUGAUUUCUCGUCUUCAUUGGCUCCCAGAAGAAGCAUGUUGCUGGAUCUACAAGUCAAUGAAAUGAGCCCUGCGCCACAGUCACAGAGCUCUGGUCGACGGCGACAGAAGAGAAUACUUCCCCAACUCGCAACGAAUGGCGGCUUCCCGAAACUUGUUGAAGAUGGGGCGGCUCCUUUCUGCCCUUUCCCAUGGUCGUUCUCCCAGCAGCGGCGGCGCCUUUCUCCCCGGCCGAGAGGGUGGUGGUCAGCUUCUUCCCUCUGCUGGUUCAAUAUUCACCAGGAGUGACUACUGUCGAAGACGGUUUCAAACACAAAGCAGCAUAGACAGUCACUCCAAGGAUGAUCCUUCAUCAGAUGUUACAGCUUCUUCACAUCUACAAAUCAACUCAAAUAGUACACCUCCCACCGGAGGGCUGAAAAUUUUGAGCGAAGCAGCUUCCGAUCAGCCAGAAGUGUCUGCUACGUCCAACUUGAAGGUGUCGGCAAGGCACGAUCUAGCCAUGAUGUUCACUUGCAGUGUCUGCGAGACGAGAUCAUUCAAGACGCUUUCUAGGGAGUCGUACGAGAAAGGCGUGGUGGUGGCGCGAUGUGGAGGGUGCGACAACCUUCACCUCAUUGCGGAUCGUCUUGGGUGGUUUGGAGAGCCUGGAAGCGUGGAGGAGUUCCUGGCUGCUCGCGGUGAGGAAGUGAAGAAGGGCUCUGCUGACACUCUCAGUCUAACUCUUGAGGAUUUAGCUGGGAAGAAGAUCUCUGUGGAGGACAAGACUGGCGAUUGCAAAAAAGACGAGAAAGAAAACACACAGAAACUUUCUGAGACGCCAUUGUAAAAACAGCAGUUCAAAGAAUAGUAGUAAUGUAAGCUGUGAAAUGAGAGCAUUUUUGUUUUGUGGGUAGGUGCUGAAUAUGCAUUGGUAUUACAGAGUUGUUCAUGUUGUGGGGAAAAAAGGAACUUUUUUAUUACAGAUGUUUGGAAAGAUUUUUCUUUCAUCUAUACUCUUUUGGAA